AUGUCCCAAGCAGAUACGUGCGAAAUCACCGCGGUCGAGCGGACCGACCGCGGCAGCCAAGCUGGGAAGGAUACUGGCCUGCUUGAGUUCCUGACCAUCGGUCAGUGUGCUGCUGCCUCAUCCUACGUGGCCUUCCUGAUCUAUGGCGCCCUUGUCGGCGCAUUGAGCGGAAUGGGCCCCGGCACGCUGGCAAUCAUUGGCCUGGUGCUUUUGUGCUGGCCGAUCGCUGCAUGCAAGGUCUGCUGCCGGUGUUGCCGCAAACGCUGCUGCUCGUGUUGCCGUGAAGGAAAGGAGAUCAGAAAGAUAGGAAAUGUCAAGAAGGUUGUGAUCCUUUCGCUAUCCUUGGCUGGUCUUGGGGGUAUGGCUUUGUUGCCAAUGGCAGGUCUGAUGGGAGAUGUCAAAGCUGGCACUGCUGUGGCCCAGAGUGCGGACUGCGCAUCCAGGGAAUUCAUCCGGUCGGUCUUGGGCGACGUGACCGCCAUAGGUGAUGUGCCAUCUGCACCUGCUGGAGGACGUGAGUGA